GUCGUUGGGCCCGCGAAACUUUCUCUCGCGUUGUCUGCCAAACCGUGCGUGAUCCGGGAUAACGAUACGGGGGAGGGGAACAACACGUCGUAGCGAGGUUCCAACAGCCUUGUUGUUAUUUCGGUUCAAUUUUGUUUCAUAAGUCUAAAAGACGGCGCUAGUGCAGUCUGCGCUCUCAACUAAAGUUAACUCAACAAUCAAAAGGGAAAAAAGAAGGAAGGACGAAAUCUCAUUCCUUCUCGUCGGACCCACCCUCCAAGCAACCAACCAACCUUGACCUGACAUCUCUCUUCCACCUGUUUUCUUUUUCUGCGGACAACUUUAGCAACCAGACACCAUGACUCGCCCUCAGAACGUCGGAAUCAAGGGAUUUGAAAUCUACUUUCCCAAGCGAUGCAUCUCGGAGGAGGACCUGGAGAAGUUUGACGGCGUGGCCGCGGGCAAGUACACCAUUGGGUUUGGGCAGCAGUACAUGGCCUGCACCGACGACCGCGAAGACAUCAACUCGUUUGCUCUCAAUGUCACCUCGAGCCUGAUGCAAAAGUACUCGGUCGACCCAAAGAGCAUCGGCCGCCUCGACGUGGGCACCGAGACGAUCAUCGACAAGUCCAAGUCGGUCAAGACGAUUCUCAUGAACCUCUUUGCCCCCGCUGGCAACACCGACGUCGAGGGCAUCGACAGCAAGAAUGCCUGCUACGGAGGCACCGCCGCCCUGUUCAAUGCCGUCAACUGGAUCGAGUCCUCGUCGUGGGAUGGCCGUGACGCCAUCGUCGUUGCCGCCGACAUUGCCAUCUAUGCCGAGGGCAGCGCCCGACCCGUCGGUGGUGCCGGUGCCGUUGCGCUCCUCAUUGGUCCCGAUGCACCCCUGUCGAUCGAAUCGGUCCGCGGUUCCCACAUGGCCAACUCGUGGGACUUUUUCAAGCCCGACCUCUCGUCUGAAUACCCCACCGUCGAUGGCCCCGAGACCCUGGUCGCCUAUCUGGGCUCGAUCGACAAGGCCUGGGACAGCUACCGCGCAAAGACGGCCCAGUUUGCCGCUCGCCAGUCCAAGACCAACGGCGCGGCGGCGGCGCCCGUCAUUGGCAACGCCAUCAGCAAGGAGGUCCUCGCCAAGACGAACCUCGACGACUUUGACUACACCAUCUUCCACAGCCCCUACUCGAAGCUGGUCCAGAAGGGCUUUGGCCGACUGCUCUACAAUGACUUCCUUGUUGACCCGAAAAACGAGGCCUACGCAUCGAUCCCCGCCAACUUUGCUGAGCUGGACCGCAAGGACACUAUCUUCAACAAGGAUGUCGAAAAGGCUUUCCUCGGCCUCGCCAAGGCAAAGAUGAACGAGAAGCUGGAGCCAACAAUGAACUGCGUUCGCCGGUGCGGAAACAUGUACACGGCCUCGCUCUACGGCGGUCUCGCCGCGCUGCUGUCCAACGUCGCCUCGAAGGACCUUCAGGGAAAGCGGAUUCUCAUGUACUCGUUUGGCUCUGGCUCUGCCGCCUCGUUCUUUGGCAUCAAGGUCCAGGGCGACACGACGGAGCUGGCCGAGAAGCUGGACCUGAUCAAGAGGCUCGCCGCCAUGCAGGUCGUCCCCUGCCAGACCUACGUUGACGCCCUCAAGACGCGUGAGGCCACGCACAACGCCGUCAACUACACGCCCCAGGGCGACCUGGCCAACCUCUGGCCGGGCAGCUACUACCUCGAGAACGUCGACAAGAUGUACCGGAGAACCUACGGGCGCACGGACGUUGCCUAAUUACCCUCCUACCGCUUCUCCUUGUCCACGCUUACACUCUCUUAUCUUUAACUCUCUCGCUAGACGAAAGGCGAUCUGUCAUGUACCGUAUGCCCUCCACUGGAAAACAGAAUCAUAUUACUACUAUCGGCAACUCCUUCCCUUCUACUACUUGCCGCUGCUACUCCCUCGAGACGGCGGUAGUGAUG